AUGGCGGCUGCCGGCGCGUUGGCAGCGCAGAGUAACGAGGAGCCGGCGCUGGUGAACGAGGCGGUGGCUGCCUCCCGGGUGCGGAGCGGCCACUUCUUGAGCUCUCUGGAGCUGGUGAAGCAGGGCGCCGAGGCGCGCGUCUUCCGGGGCCGCUUUCUGGGCCGCGCGGCCAUGGUAAAGCACCGCUUCCCUAAGGGUUACCGGCACCCGGACCUGGAGGCGCGGCUCAGCCGGCGACGCACCGUGCAGGAGGCCCGAGCCUUGCUCCGCUGCCGCCGCGCGGGAAUAUCUGCCCCCACUGUGUUUUUUGUGGACUAUGCUUCCAAUUGCUUAUACAUGGAAGAAAUUGAAGACUCAAUGACUGUUAGAGAUUAUAUUCAAUCCAUUAUGGAGACUGAAAAAACUCCCCAAAGUCUCUUUGCUUUAGCCCAGACUAUUGGGCAGGUUUUGGCACGAAUGCAUGAUGAAGACCUCAUUCACGGUGACCUCACAACUUCAAACAUGCUCCUGAAACAGCCCCUAGACCAGCUGAAGAUUACACUCAUUGACUUUGGGCUGAGCUUUGUUUCAGCACUUCCGGAGGACAAGGGGGUUGACCUCUACGUGCUGGAGAAAGCCUUCCUCAGCACCCAUCCCAACACCGAGACUGUGUUUAAAGCCAUUCUGAAGAGUUAUUCUGCUGCUUCCAAAAAGGCCAACCCUGUGCUAAAAAAAUUAGAUGAAGUGCGCCUGCGAGGAAGAAAGAGGUCCAUGGUUGGAUAGGAGAAUGAGUGUGACAGCCACACGCUUUGAAGGCAUGUAUUUGCAAGUGGAUUCCAAGGAAUGCCCUGCAUGAGAGAUCUGACCUCAAUAAAGGUGGCACAAUGUUUUCA